UGUUGGAGCACCUCUUAGAAAAUUGGGACCAAACUACCCCAAGACGAUUAUUUGGUGACCGUAGUUGUAAUAACCCUUCUGUAUUCUAGUAAUUCUUCAACUACUCUUUUGCCGCGAAUUAGGGUUUAUUUUUCCCCAUAAAUCAUCAAAUGAUUUACUCCAGGAGAUCUUAAAAUAGCCCUGAACUUCUACCAGAUUUGGGUUUCAUCGUAAACCCUCAAAUGGGUUGUUUCAGAAGAGCUUCAUAUGCUUCAGAUUACCAAAGUUAAGGUCUUUGAUAUUCGAUUAGGGUUUGAUCGUAAACCUCAAAUGGGUUAUUUGAGAAGAGCUUCAAAUACCAUCAGUUUACCAAAGUUAAGGUCUUUAUCUGCUAUAAAUAGAGUUAACCCAGUUGAGAGUAGACUCAAUUGGAACCAAUUUGGGUGGAAUCACCAUGCCUUCUGUUCUCAUUCUCGCCAAAAUAGCAAAGACAAUGCCAAUUCCAUUGAUUUAAGCCAGUACCCAACUGAAAGGAUUAGGAAUUUUUCCAUUAUUGCCCAUGUUGAUCACGGCAAGUCGACGCUUGCUGACCGGCUUUUGGAGCUCACCGGGACCAUAAAGAGAGGACAUGGUCAGCCUCAGUACCUAGAUAAGUUACAGGUAGAAAGAGAAAGGGGAAUAACCGUCAAAGCCCAGACAGCAACUAUGUUCUAUGAUCACAAGUUUCAGGGUGCCAAUGAUAUUGAUGUGCAAGAACCCCGAAGGUUUUUGCUAAACUUAAUCGACACCCCUGGUCAUGUAGAUUUCAGCUAUGAAGUAUCAAGAUCCUUAGCUGCUUGUCAAGGUGCUCUUUUGGUUGUUGAUGCUGCCCAAGGUGUCCAGGCACAAACUGUUGCCAACUUUUAUCUUGCUUUUGAGUCCAACCUGACAAUAAUCCCUGUAAUAAACAAAAUUGACCAGCCAACUGCUGAUCCAGAUCGUGUUAAAGCUCAGCUGAAAUCCAUGUUUGAUCUUGACCCAAAUGGUGCUCUUUUAACUUCUGCGAAGACGGGUCAAGGUCUUGAGCACGUUCUUCCAGCUGUCAUAGAGCGAAUGCCUCCUCCUCCUGGGAACUGUAAUUCACCUUUGCGUAUGCUCUUGUUGGAUUCUUAUUACGACGAAUACAAGGGAGUAAUCUGCCAUGUGGCAGUUGUUGACGGCACUUUGCGGAAAGGGGAUAAAAUUUCAUCUGCAGCAACAGGUCAGUCUUAUGAAGUUUUGGACGUGGGAAUCAUGCAUCCAGAACUCACGCCUACUGGAGUCCUUUUAACUGGACAAGUGGGAUAUGUUGUCAGUGGCAUGCGCUCAACUAAAGAGGCACGGGUUGGGGAUACUUUGCAUCAAAGUCGAAGCAUUGUAGAACCACUUCCAGGUUUCAAGCCUGUAAAACACAUGGUGUUUUCUGGUGUUUACCCAGUUGAUGGAUCCGAUUUUGAGGCACUUAACCAUGCAAUAGAGAGACUCACAUGCAAUGAUGCUAGUGUCUCAGUCACCAAGGAGAGUAGCACGGCACUUGGUCUUGGAUUUAGGUGUGGUUUCUUAGGCUUGCUUCACAUGGAUGUCUUUCACCAGCGUCUUGAACAGGAGUAUGGAGCUCACGUCAUUUCUACUGUCCCAACAGUACCCUAUAUUUUUGAGUAUUCAGAUGGAAGCAAAGUACAAGUUCAAAAUCCUGCUGCUUUGCCCUCAAAUUCCAAACAACGGGUGACUGCUACUUGGGAACCGACUGUAAUAGCUACAAUAAUUAUCCCUAGUGAGUAUGUGGGUCCUGUUAUCACCCUUUGCUCUGAGCGGAGAGGGGAGCAGUUGGAGUACACAUUUAUAGAUAGUCAACGCGCCUUAAUGAAGUAUCGUUUGCCUUUAAGGGAAAUUGUGGUUGACUUCUAUAAUGAGUUGAAGAGUAUAACAUCAGGGUAUGCAUCGUUUGAUUACGAGGAUUCCGAAUAUCAAGCCUCAGAUUUGGUGAAACUUGAUCUUCUCCUGAAUGGACAACCAAUUGAUGCCAUGACGGCAAUUGUUCACAAUUUGAAGGCGCAACGUCUUGGUCGUGAUCUUGUGGAGAAGCUUAAGAAAUUCAUAGACAGGCAAAUGUUUGAGAUAACAAUACAAGCUGCCAUUGGAUCAAAGGUGGUUGCAAGAGAGACGGUUUCAGCCAUGAGGAAGAAUGUACUAGCAAAGUGUUACGGUGGAGAUGUGACUCGGAAGAGGAAGUUGUUAGAAAAGCAGAAGGAAGGAAAGAAACGAAUGAAGCGCGUUGGCUCUGUUGACAUACCACAGGAGGCUUUUCAUGAACUGCUGAAGGUUUCCUAGAUGGACCCUGUCAAAGAUUGGCUGUGUUUGUAACCACUAACAGGUCUUUUUGCCCCUUCUCUAUCCCUUCGACACUCAUAUUGGCUUUUGUGCUAUUCAUUACAAGGGUGCCUGAGAUGGGCAUCCAGUUUUGAGGAUCUUUCGGUGGAAAAUUGCUAUUUUGAAUAGAAAAGAAAGGAUAAUGAAUUGAUUUUAGUCGGAACUCAGAAACUUUGCUUGUCAUUUGAUUCUAAUUCAAUGUUCAUGCAUGCUUUUCUUCAU